AGGCUGCAGCGCCCCCUGCGGCAGCGCCGGGCGUGGAGGGCGGCGCCAGGCAGGCGGCUGGUCCCUGUCGUGGCUUCUGCCCUUGUCCCCUUCUGUGCCAAGUCCUUUUGAUCCUGAGCAGCUCGUGGAGAUGCCCCUUGGCCCGACAGGCGGCGCGUGGCCUCUGACCCUGACGAUUGGGCGCUGGGGGCUGUGGCGAGGAGAGGACAGGAAGGCGGGCUCCCUCCUUCCUGAGCCCUGCCAUCCAGCUGGGGACCAUUUUUGGGGAGAGCCCUGCACUUCCGGGUUGACUCACCCCUGCUUGUCACUCUCCUGGUUGUGUCAGUGCCUGGUCGCCGCCCUUUAAACUUUGUGCUGUUUAAACUUCGGGGGUGUGGCUUGCUUCCUCCCCCCACUUCCAGAUGCACUGGAGUCAUGAGCCGGGAGGGCUCAGGGACCCCCCUGCUGGCCGAGGUGAUCCAAGAUCGCCUUUGUUUUGCAAUUCUGUACAGCAGACCAAAGAGUGCACCCCACGAGCAUUAUUUCAGCAUAGAUAACGAGCUCGAAUAUGAGAACUUCUACGCAGACUUCGGACCACUCAAUCUGGCAAUGGUUUACAGGUACUGUUGCAAGAUAAACAAGAAACUCAAGGUAAAGUCCUCUCAUUUAAGAUCUAGCUUCAGUUGCCCUCCCUAGUGUGGCCUUGGGGACGGACGGAAAGCAUAUGCUCUCUUAAAACAAAUCCAGUUCACAGGGUGGGGAUGGAACUCAGUCUGACUUUCAACUAGGAAUCCUCCAGCCUCUGCCUCCAGAGUGCUGGGCUUACAGGGGUGUGCCACCACACCCAGCUUCUGUUUUCUAGGGUUUUGAUAACACAGUUUAGUUUGGGGUCAUUUGAUUCUGGUUUGGAUUGGUGAUGUUCAAAUACUUAAAUAAUUACAGU